AAGCGUACCGAUCUCGGAGGCACCCAUUCAUCCUGUCAGUCUAGUUUCGGCCGGCAGCAACGAAACAGCAAAUGGAUCAGGGAGCCGACAGACUGACCGUAACCUGCAGUACCGUAUCACGCAGCACGGCUGCCCAUCACUGUAAAGUGUGUUGCAGAGCGUAAAAGGUGAACGAAGGAGUUUGGGAAAACCAACAGACCAGCGCAUUGAAUUCCCAAUUGUUGGAACCCAACAAGCCCCAGUGCAGUUAGUGUUUGUAAGUGUGUGUGUGUGAUGCUGCCGGAUAGUUGGUUGAUUGCGUUUCACUAGCACGCUCUAGACUACUAUCUACAACUCUCAGCUGUUCGCAUCCUAUCCUUACCGCACAAAGUUGACAAUUUGUUGCGCUUCUGCUAAAUCGUGUGAUGCUCUAACCUGACACGUUAUCUGCUUCAUUGGUCCUCGAUAAAUCAAAGCAAGUCGCUGUAUAUGCUCACUGAUGUGCACUGUUGUGUUAAAAGGCGUCAAGCAUACAAAGAUAUCGAAUGCGACACUUUACGCAUAGUGCUUAUACUUUGAGGCUCAUUGAACCCACUCCGCUAGAUAUACAUAAUUAGAAACAGGGAAUAAAACAUCAAAGUGUUGCCGUUAGUAUUAUUAACACCAUAUUCAGUGAUCGUGCGUGAUCGACAGUGUUUAUUUGUUCGUCUCGAAAGCACAUAAAACGUGUUGUUUGCGCGUCUGGAAAAUUGUGUUCUAUUACAUCGCCCUAUCCGUUAAACGGGGCGUAAAAAAGGCCUUCGUAUCUUAUCGGACAGCCAGCACCAUCUAGCCAUGUUUUCCCUGUGCGCUAAACCUGCCAGUGGCAAUGGUUCCUCCAGGACGUCCCAACAGCUACAGCAAGUAACCUGCAAAAGUUGCAACUCUACCGUGGGGAAACAGAUCAAAGGAGGAUAUUUACUGCGCUACAAAAAACAAGUCCUAUGGAGCCGCUGGUCGGAGGAAUGGGUUGUGCUGUACGAUGACUCCACCAUGGCCUGGUUUACGGAACCGGGCCGCUCGUCACCUGCCGGCAAAAUUCUAGUCAAAGAGGCACCGGAAAUGCUUGCAAUCGCACACUGGACCGGUCAGAUACCUCGGCGGCCACCUCUCCCGGAUGGCGUCAGUGUGUCGCAGUUGAUAGCGCUCGGGUCGCGCCGGAAGCGUUCCAAAGUGUACUGGAUGAUUGCAAAAUCGGAAGAGGAAGUUAGCGACUGGAUUGCUGCCAUCACAAAGACGCUUCCCCCACCGCCACAAAUUGAGCUGGUUGUCGAUAAACCACAUCUGAUGGGCGUUUUACGAAGACCUAUUGUACGGAUACGACCUGCAACCAGCUCAGAAGUGUCUGCCCGGCGGAAAAAUCGCCAUACAAUCGAACAUAACACGACCAAGGUGAAGGGUGAGGCAGCAGUUGCAAUCAUCAAGAAAAACGCACAGGACACGACCGAUCCGAAAGGAUCGCUGGCUUGUGCUCUGCCCUGGGGCCAUGGUUGGGGUUGGGCGACCCUACCCAAUGGUAUCUGGAGCGGUGCACUAACCUGGUCGCAGUGCGAGGAUUCGAUUACUCUACACGCCCUACCGACGACUCACUGUACCAACAUGAUAGAAACACCGUGCGCCGGCGGAAUUUACCACACCGACAUCGGGCCAUUCGAUUUCCACGGCAUCGAGGACGUCGGCGGUGAAGACUUUGACUAUGCGAUGGACUGUGGAGAUUUCAUAUUUUAAGCUCAUUUCCGAGCAUCUUUGCGACAGAAAAGAUUGCUAGACGUGAGCGCGUCUAACGUCGAAUGCCCCCAGUCCAGGCAGCAUCUAGCAUCUUUCCCACAUGGAUCUGUCAUUAAUAGUAUAUGAACCAGAUGUUUUACAGUGUGUUAAAUUAGAUGUACAUCAACAAAAAUCAACAAGGAUUCUCCAUGUUUCCAAACUACCCAUAUUUCCUAUUAGGGGGGUGUGAAAAGCUUACUCACAACAAUAAAACAUUUCUGGUGCCCAGUUUCAAUGUAUCCACCGAUAGUGUGUAGUUAGUACUGCCGAAUGUAUGUAACAAAGUACACAAUCACAUGAUACCAACGGCCCACGUAAAGGUACUGCCGAAUUCGAUCGAAUGUUAGAACAAGGAUGAGCGAUAAUCACCAAUGGAGUUAUGUCGUUCGUAACUGCAAAUCUCAUCAUUGUAGCUUUGCCGGAGAAGGAGGAAGCAAAGUAGGGAGAUUCCCUCCGUGGCCGUGUUUAAAACCACUCCACACGAACCUGCAGAGCCUAUUGUCCCACGUAGACUGUAUAUGCUUGUAACGUCAUUGUAUAGGGUGAACAGAAUCGGUGUAUUGUGUAGACAUCCUUGGCCCGGUGUCGUGUAUCGUACAACAGUUACUGAGUGUAUGUAUGAUGGAGUGAUAAUGAUUGAUGUUACUGCCUACACUUCCCUUCAUCCCACCGUGUGCAAAUACUUUGCGACACUCCAUCACAUCUCAACGCAACGGGGGGAUUGUAAGGGUUAGCGGGAUUUAUGAACAAGAAGAAGAAGAAAACAUCAAAAUCAAACUGCGUCAUCUCAACGCAGUGGGAAUGUAAGGGUUAGUGGGAUUUAUGAAGAAGAAGAAGAAAAUGUCAAAAUCAAACAGCGUAUUUGAAGACGCGAACGGUUUGUAAUAAAUUUUGAAGAAAUAUAACACCGAAUCCAAAAAGCAUCUAAAUUUAACAUAAAACAGUAUUGCCUUCCCAAAAAAAAAAACAAUUAGAUAAUUCCUGUUUAGAAGUAUUGAUAAAAGAUGCAAACGAUCGUUUGAUACUUAGCAUUCAAAUAAUAGCAACAUUCUAUAUGCAAAACUGUUGGGCGCAAAUGAACCACAUACGAGCGGAAGCGUAGCAAAAGUGGAGAAACAAAUCAAAAGUAGGUUUAAAUGGCUCCUUUCACCCUGACGUUGAUAGGAUGCGACAUAUUAUUUACCACUCUUGAAAUAUUCCCGUUUUUGCGAUACUCUGCAAAAGAGCGUUCUACCGAAGAUAAAGAUUUAAACAUUGUUGCUGAUGAGAUGAGAUGAUUUUUAUAACAGAAUUACACUUACAAAGAAGUCAUUAUUUACCAUUAGUUCACUCUCUCAGAAUGGCGGUGUAAUGCACUGCUCGCGGGGAGAUUUGUCUAGUGUGAUGAGUUUAGAGUUAAGCGAUUUUGCUGGGUAGUAUGAAAUGCUUAUGAAGCAGAUCGACAAACAACGCGUAUAACAAAUCCAAAGACCAAUUAAUUCUUUCUACCUGUUUUUUUGUGAGAUCGUUACUCUACCUACUACCUACUCCUAGCAGCUAGUUCGUACGGAUGCGUAAGGAGAUACGCCACGCAAGCGCGUCCUUAUGUCAGACAAUUUGUGGUAAAGCUUAAUUCUACACUAACUUAACAUGGGCCCGUGCUUGUCCAGCCUUCGACCGGACCGGGCAGACUGCAAUCGAUUGCAGUGGAUAACAUUAAUUCAUAACUUGGGAAACUAGAAGCAAAGUGCAAAUUUAAAACACACACUUAUAUGCAUCGAUCGGGAUGUAAGAAUUGAAGAUUUGUAAACAAACACUCCCACACACAUACGUUAGUAAGACUGGCAAGCAGGCGCUGGAAGCGCUUUUUCAACUAACAAAGAAAGAAAAAUAACCAAGCUAUGCAAGCAAUGUGUCAGUUCGAGAUAUAUGUAAGUUUCAUUAGAUGCAGUGUUUCCAAAAAUGUGUAGACAUGCUAACGUGCACCAGAAGACUGCUGUCCUCCGAUUGGGAUGAGGCCAUCAGUCUUCGGAAAUCGCGUAGUAUAUUUUAACCCCGAACAAUACAAUAUACUCCCGAAAAUCAGUCCCCCCCCCGCUCCUAACUAGGUGAUAGACAACCUCGGGAUGUGUCGAGCUAGCAAGAGAUAGCCAGCAGCUUAAUUAAGAUUAUAUUUAAACAAAAUACACACACAAAAUACGGGUAGAACCUAGCAAUCCACUAAACUCCGAACAUGGUAGAUCGGAAAUCAUUUUUGAGUACCAUUUUUAUUGCGAUCGCGAAUGCAAAAUGCGUCGGGUAAUUAUUGCUAGGAAAACGGGCAACAUACAGAGAGCAUCCAGCUCACUCACAUAAUCAAGCUCCAAGCUCCAAGCUCUGACAAUUCAGCUCAAAGACCCAGAAACAAUAAUAGUUGUUAGAGACGCUAUUCCAGUAUAUAUAGGAGCAGCGUCGAUUUAGAGGUCCUAUAGGAGGAACGUAUUACAGUAGCAUUACAACUAGCCUAAGUAAAUGUGUAACCAAAACCAUGGAGAACCAUAUACCAGGAGCAAGUGCGUUGUAAACCAGCCGCUACCGUACCAUCCAACCAAAUGCAUGUAAGCCUAAUCAACAAAAUACACGGUGUGAUAUGCAGCAUAACAAAAGAAAUACGUUGACAAUGUAGAUUACGAUACAAUCAUGACAAGAGGUAUGUGUGUAUUUUUGUGUGUAGUCGUCGUGCCUGGUGGCAGCCAUUAGGUGAUGGGAAUGGAAGGAAACGAACAAAAUCCCUCUCGUAUGGAAAUUGAAGUGUAGAACACUGCAUUAGCAAACACAAAGGUAAUUGUAAAUGUUUUAGGCAUGUUUCAAUCGAUGUUUAAAACUUAUCGACCUUUUAAAGAAACCAGAUCGCUAGACGGUAGCGGGUGCGUGACGCAUCAAUAAAGUGCAGCGCAAUCGUAUAUGCCACAUUAAAGCCCAUUAACCACAUAAACAGCAUUAACACUACUUAAACCACACAUAGAUUUAUAUAUUUGCCUGCAGAUGAAGCGAGCUCAAUUAUAAGCAUUCAAUGUAAUAGAAAAGAGAAGAAAAUGAGCAAGUGUGCGCUCCCCUUUCCGUGCUAGAGAUCCCGCGUGAUCAAGCCCCUAAAACGAUCGCUGGACGAUCGGAGUAAGGUUAGGCGAUAGGGUUUGUUGAUUUUCGUUAACACUUGAUGUUUGUGAGAUGUAUUGUACUAGCACAUACACGUACACACUAAUCAUCGAUGUCACAGUACAGAUUCCGGUGCCCUUAACCAUACUGGAUAUGCGGGAAGAUUUAAAGAAACCCUAAAAAUUCACCACAAUUUCUUAGCCUUUGGAAGCCACCGUGCCGGGCGGAGGAAAGGUGUGCAAUAAAGCAGUAUGUUUUAAGAACGAUAAAACUUUGAUGAACUUUGAUGAAUCCGAUGAAAAAACGGAUUAUUCCUGCACACCCUCCAUUUUGAUGCCCAUUUUGCACUUCUUUAGAACACACGGCGCUGUUGAGCAGCGUGGCAUGUAAAGGAGAUGUCGCACUCCUUCCCCAUUCCAAACCCCCUUCUAACCCGUUCUUACACCCUUCCCAAGGUUGAACCGUAAUUUCGUUGAGUUAGCCAAUGUGUUUCGCCCAUCGCACCUUUGUGCGCUGCGGAUGGCUCAUUUUACCUCCAAUAACACCCCAAUUGCCUGCAGUGGAAACUUUCAAACAUGCUAUCUAGCUCACUGGGCUGUAAUGCACUCCUCGUUGUAAGUGUAGAUCGAACAGGACAAACUAUAUUCACAACCGUUUAUUUUCAUUUCUACAAAGCGUACGCAGAAUAGGAACAAAAUGUCAUCCAUCCCCAACAAGUUCUCAGUUGGUAGUGUUCAAAUAACAUGCUCCCAUUAGUUUGUUAGUAUGCCGUAACAAUUGACUGCCCCUCUUUUUUGUGAAAUAAACCCAAGUUAUAAAUUAGCAGAAAAAA